AUGGGGAGAAGCUAUGACAAUGAAAAAUGUGAAGAUGAACUUUACAUGGAGGAGCCCGAUGAAAAAGAUGAAUCUUUAUCCUUAUGCGAUCUUCCCAUAAAUCUAGUCAAAGAUGACAACCCCCAUUUCCUCCUAGAAAUUAAACCCAGAGCCGGCAAGGCAUCCAUCGCCGCCGCUGAUGAUGAUUUUGAUUUCGGUUCUCUAGGAGGUUUCAGUAAUCUCGCCGAUCAGCCACCGCCGGAAAUGUGUUUGGCCGACGAGGUCUUCUACCAGGGCCAACUUUUGCCUCUUCGCCUCUCUGUUAGCUCCGACAAUACCUCCGCCGGAGUCUACCGCCGGCACUUGAGAAGCAUCAAUAGCAGCGGAAGCAGUAGCAGUAGAAGCCAGUGUUCUUCCUCGAGCGUAACAAACAAUUCCUUAACAACUACCUCCGCAGCUAGAGACCCGCGGCUCAGAGUCCCAAAUUUAUUCCACUCCCACCCGAGUCCUAAACCCCAAAUUAAAGCCUCGCCGAUCACAUCCCGACAGGCGAGCACCGGCGGAAACCGCCAAAAGUCCUCCUUCACGUGGGAUUUUUUCCGGCUGGGAGUAGUGAAAACACCGGGAAUGGAACUAGAGGAUCUCAAACACCGAAGCAGCACGAGGAGGAACUCCUCCGUCAGCCGAAGCAACAGCGAGAAGGCCUUUGUUCCGGCCGCCCCAAGCAACGAGAGAAGCGUAAAGGUGAUGAUGAGGAGACCUCGAGAGAGUGUAUUGAUAGAGAGGAAAAGCAGUGGAAUUCUAAGUGGGGUCGGGUGUAAGUGUUCGGUGGGGUCUACGGUAGCGCCGGCGCCGAAGGCGAUGGUGGUGGUGAGGAGGAAGGGGAACGGUAAGAAUAUUCCGGCGAAGAGCGAAUUGAGAAUGAAGAAGUUGGGAAAAGAAAAAGAGGAAGAGGAAAAGUUGGAAUUGUCUCGUCACAGGACAUUUGAAUGGCUAAAGGAGCUCUCGCAUGCGAACUUUUCCUGUGAGGUUUAG